AUGGGUCACGGCGACAUGGACCACGGCGAUAGCCAAAUGUGCAAUAUGAACAUGCUCUUCACCUGGAACACCCAAAACCUCUGUAUAAUUUUCCGCUGGUGGCACAUCCAAACAACUCCGGGCCUGAUAUUCUCCCUCCUCGGAGUUGUCGCCCUCACCGCAGCAUACGAAGCCCUCCGUCAAGCGAGUCGAAGAUAUGAGCGUUUCGCGAACAGGGAGACGCUCGAGGUUCCCACCGAUGGAGAAACUGUUACUGAGAGAACGCCAUUUCUGUGGUCAGGACGGAACCAGGUCGAAGUCACCAAGAGGGCGCAUGUCAUCAAAGCACUGAUUUAUGCUUUUCAAACCUUUUACGCGUUUAUGCUUAUGUAA